AUGAUAGUGGUCAAAGUCAAACACCUUCUUCUACUUUUCUUCAUAUCGCUUGCAUUCCUCUUCACUGCUUCAUCGGAGUCUAAUCUCUCUAAUCGGUUCGACGUAGAUCAAAGAACCAUAAACACACCUCCAUCCAGGCACCGCCGAACCCCUCCUACCCGUGGCGGUGGUAGAAGGGCCGCCGGUGGUGGAAGAUCAAGAAUUGGUAGUGGUAGAUCAAGAAAUGGUGGUAGAUCAUCAAAUUGUGAUCCUUUAUACGAGUAUCUGUUUGAAAGAUGUGGGCGAUGGCCUUUCUCACGUUCUUCUCCCAACAACCCAUUUCUAUCCCGGCCUACACCUCGCCGACCACCGCGAGGUCCGCCGCCUUUACCUCCUCCGGUUAUCCCUUCUCCGCCACCACCUGUGGUAACUCCACCUCCAACACCCUCACCUUCUCCACCACCACCUUCUCCUUCUCCACCUCCUCCACCCUUGGUUCCAUCUCCACCUCCACCAUCACCACCGCCUCCGCCUCCGCUUGUAGCUUCACCACCACCGCCGGACCCAACUCCGCCACCCGUAGUAUUAUCUCCACCACCAGAUUACAUCCUUCCUCCUAUGGUACCUGAGCUACCACCUAAUAACCCGUUUCAGGCACCACCGUUGGUUCCGAUAUCGUUUUCGCCACCAACUUUUGGGAAUCCUCCGUCGCCUAUUGUCCCGAUAUUAUUUCCACCGCCGACUGACGGUAACAAUCCGCCGGACUCCUCUCUGCUACCACCACUUGUGCCUAUAUUUUCUCCGCCGCAACUUGACCCGGGACAACUUCCACAAUUACCACCGGUGGUCGACCCUGGACCGCAACUUCCACCGGUGGUCGACCCUGGACCGCAACUUCCACCGGUGGUCGACCCUGGACAACAACUUCCACCGAUGGUYGACCCUGGACAGCAGUUUCCACCGCURGUCGACCCUGGACAACAACUUCCACCGGUGAUUGACCCUGGGCAGCAGUUUCCACCGGAGCUGCCGUUUACUUUCCCACCUCCAGUAGAAUCCACAAUGCCAUUUCAGGGGACGGGGCAGUUUCCACCGGUGGUCGACCCUGGACAGCAACUUCCACCGGUGGUCGACCCUGGACAGCAACUUCCACCGGUGGUCGACCCUGGACAACAACUUCCACCGRUGGUYGACCCUGGACAGCAGUUUCCACCGCUGGUCGACCCUGGACAGCAGUUUCCACCGGUGAUUGACCCUGGACAGCAGUUUCCACCGGAGCUGCCGUUUACGUUCACACCGCCAGUAGAAUCCACAAUGCCAUUUCAGGGGACGGGGCAGUUUCCACCGGUGGUCGACCCCGGUCAACAGUUUCCGUUUACACCGCCAGUAGAAUCCACAUUGCCAUUUCCCGGGGAGUCGCCAGAAAUCAUAUUGCCACCGCCGGUGGAUGUGAAUCCAGUAACAGAAGGUCAGCCGUUCUUUUCAACGCCACAAGUACCGGAAGUUCCCAUGGAUAUGGAUGGCCACCACGAAUGA